AUUGCACCGGAGAAGAUGGCGACGAGCAACGGCGGCGGAAUGGAGGUGGAUGGGGCAGCCUGCCCCAGUGUGAUGGCGUCGGGUGUGACAGGGAGUGUUUCGGUGGCUCUGCACCCCCUCGUCAUCCUCAACAUCUCAGAUCACUGGAUCCGGAUUCGGUCUCAGGAGGGCCGGCCCAUGCAGGUGAUUGGAGCUCUGAUCGGCAAGCAGGAGGGCAGGAACAUUGAGGUGAUGAACUCCUUUGAGCUUCUCUCCCACACUGUGGACGACAGGACGCACAUAGACAAGGAGUACUACUACACUAAAGAGGAGCAGUUCAAGCAGGUCUUCAAAGAUAUGGAGUUUCUGGGCUGGUACACAACGGGCGGCCCUCCUGACCAAUCAGAUAUCCACAUUCACAAGCAGGUGUGCGAGAUCAUUGAGAGCCCCCUGUUCCUCAAGCUGAACCCCAUGACCAAACACACUGAUCUGCCAGUGAGUGUCUAUGAAUCAGUCAUUGACAUCAUCAAUGGAGAGGCGACCAUGCUGUUUGCGGAGCUCACCUACACGCUGGCAACCGAAGAGGCGGAGCGUAUCGGCGUCGACCACGUGGCGCGCAUGACGGCCACCGGCACCGGCGAGAACUCCACAGUGGCCGAGCACCUCAUUGCUCAGCACAGUGCUAUUAAAAUGCUGCACAGCAGAGUCAAGGUCAUCCUGGAGUACGUCAAGGCCGUGGAAGCAGGUGAGGUUCCUUUCAACCAUGAGAUCCUGAGGGAGGCCAAUGCGCUGUGCCACAGACUGCCUGUUCUGAGCACGCUCAAAUUCAAGACCGACUUCUACGACCAAUGCAACGACGUGGGUCUCAUGGCGUACCUGGGCACCAUCACCAAGACCUGCAACAGCAUGAACCAGUUCAUCAACAAGUUCAACGUCCUGUACGACCGCCAGGGCAUUGGCCGGAGGAUGAGGGGGCUGUUCUUCUGA